AGCAGACUUCUCCGGUCAAACUCUGAUCCUCUUCUCGACCGCCUUCUACAUCUGGUUAGACGAUGAGCUCCUGGCGUGUGGUCUCAAGGGUCCGACUAUCGGCACCCUUGCUCGUUUACCCUAGAUAUCCCGGAUAUCCACGUAGAGAAGACAUACUUACAUCCACAAACCAGCCACCCCCUAUGGCUUAGUGCUGUAUUAAGAUACCCUCGUCCACUACCUGCCAAGCACGCAGAAAAAGGUUUAAUGACAGUCCGCAGUAUCAUGUCUUGAUACUUUUUCUUGAUCAGAUUCAAGCUCUUUUGCUCUCGCCCAUUCUCCUCAUUGCUACGACAUAUAAUUUGCCUGUUGGCAUUGAUUGUCAUAUCUUUCUAGUCAAGUCUCUUAUUGACUCGGAUUUCAGUCAUGACGGUCAACGUAUUUGCCGUGCCGGUGUUUUUCAUAGUCUUCAGAGAAUCUCUCGAGGCUGUUAUAAUCAUCUCAGUUCUACUAGCCUUUUUGAAGCAGACUCUUGACGGCCCGGAAGGCGAUAUUGUCACACACAAAAGGCUUGUCAGACAGGUAUGGGCUGGGGGUGCUGCUGGCCUUCUGAUCUGUUUAAUCAUCGGCGGUGGUAUCGUCGGCGCCUUCUAUGGCCUUGGUCGAGACAAAUGGAGCAGCGCGGAAUACUACUGGGAGGGAUCGUUCUCCCUAGUUGCUGCAAUAAUCAUCACUCUAAUGGGCGCCGCACUCCUGCGCGUCUCGAAGAUGCAGGAUAAAUGGCGUGUCAAGCUAGCAAAGUCUACUCAAGAGAAAGCCGACAGGGAAACUGGGAAGGGCUCGUUCAAGCGAUGGGCGCAGAAGUAUGCUAUGUUCGUGCUGCCAUUCGUUACUGUUCUUCGAGAGGGUCUAGAAGCGAUUAUCUUCGUUGCUGGUGUCUCUUUCUCGUCUCCCGCAUCAUCGGUUCCUCUACCGGUGUUUGUUGGUCUUGGUGCCGGUGCUGCUGUUGGAUAUAUCAUUUACAAGGGCGGUGCAACGUCGAAACUCCAAUUCUUUUUGAUUGCCUCAACAUGUUUUCUAUACCUCGUUGCCGCUGGCCUGUUUUCCAAGGCUGUCUGGUAUUUUGAAGCACAAAAGUGGAAUGAUGCCGUUGGUGGUGAUGCUGCGGAAGUGGGUGCUGGCCCAGGAUCUUAUGAUAUUUCAAAGAGUGUCUGGCACGUCAACUACGGCAACCCAGAGCUAAACGGCGGUGGCGGCUGGGGGAUCUUCAACGCCAUCUUCGGAUGGCAGAACUCGGCCACUUACGGAUCUGUUAUAUCGUACAAUGUGUACUGGAUCUUUGUUAUUCUGAUGUUUCUGUCUAUGAGAUACCAUGAGGUUGUAGGACACUGGCCGUUGAUGAAGGCUAAGAAAGUAUAUGCUGAUGAGGCUGGGGUAUACGUCGACGAGGUGACGCAAGCGGGUUCCCUCAGCAGCGGACCUGUUGCCAAUUGCUCAAAUAGCCUUGAGAGGACCUCUGGGACGAGAGCUGGCACUGCGCAGGAUAUUCUUCCCUGAAAUGUGCCAACGCUGGGAAAGAUAACUCAAAGGCGACGAAGCGAUACAGUUGAGUUGGUAAAGGUUAUAUUUUGUGCAUCAAUCCUGGACCGUCUCAUAAUAAGACACAUUGGACGAACUUGAAGCUGGAUACUAUUAAUCACGUCUUAAAAAACACAAUCAAAUUGAUUUGAAUAAAUUAUAAUAUCAGUUUACAUUUUA